UGGUGACAUCUGCUGGCCAUAUUGUGUAACUGCCCGAGAAAACCCAACGCGAAAUACAACAUGCGUAACGUUCAGGAAACUUUCUCAUUUUCUCUUGUGAACUGUAAACGUACCUAACCUCCGAACCUGGUUCUAAGCAGUAUAUUAUAUAAAACAAAGAACCUAUAAAGGCCUAAUCUGAUAGAUAGUUAACUUUAACGGAGUUGAAUAAUGUCAUCCUGUCAGGCUGGUCAAUGUGUUCCUUAUAGAAAUCUUGUUUUUGUUUUUAUUUUUAAUUUGAAAACAGUUCAUCAGAAAUGCGAAGCUAACUGGCUUGGGAUUUUUUGGGAAGUGUGUAAUUUUCAGUGUCGGGUAUGGCUCUGACGAAGAAAAUGUCGUUAUUUGUAACCUUUCAGCUCUAAAGGCGAGGUCGCAUGACAAACUCGUAUUUCCGGUAUACAUGAAACCACGUCACUUCUGUCCGGUUCAUUUAUUCUAGUCUGUAUUAGAUUAGAGACGCCGGUUUUUCUCGGUAGAAGUAAUUAUUGUGAACGGUUUUUAGUCCAUUUUUACACUUGGUCAGAGAAAGGUCAAAGAACAAGAUAACUUUUACCAUGUCUAACGAAGGAACACCAGAUGGCCAAAUUGGAGAAGCCCUCUUAAUCAGGGUGAUUCAGGAUCAGAUGAUGAACGUUAAUAUAGGAGGACACUUGUCUCUCCCAUGCCUCCCAGAGGUUCAACCUUUAGCCAAUGUGCAGCAUCAGAAACUGCUGGAUCAGCUGGCUCAGUCGGUUAAAGUGAUUGGUGAUAAGCUUAAUCAAGAACACAGCUUGAAUGACCAGAUCGAUGGUUUGGCACGCCUGGGUGAUAGGAAGAUUUUUUCAAAGCUUGUGGAUGGUGUCUUCUACGAUGGACAGAUCAACUGGGGAAGAAUCAUUGUGCUGUUCUACGCAGUAGGAAAGCUGGCUGUAAAGAUGGUACUGGCUAACCUGCCCACAGUGUUCUCAGAAAUACUGGAAUCAUGUUUGGAUUUCUUCAGGACAAAGCUAUUGAUAUGGAUUCGCAACAUGGACGGAUGGAUCAGCAGCAUUUCAGCACUGACCCAGUUCUCUAUCGAGCAUAUCUCAGCUUCCUCCUUCUACACCAUCCCAUCUCCAGUCGUGGCAUUCUUCUGUGGGAUUCUGUUGGGAAGUGUCAUUGUCUGGAAAUUCAGAAUAAGCAGCUGAGAGAGAGAGAGAGAAGAGAGGCAGGCUGGAAGAGAACAAACGAGAUGCACUGUGACAAAUGAAAGCUUUUAAUGUGUUUAUAAUAAUGUGAUACUUCUAGAUCUUAAUACAUUUUAGAACGUUUACAUAUAAAUAUUAAUUCUAUUAAAUGUUUUAUUCUGUAGUAUAAAUGUUGUAUACAUUUAGGUAGCAGUUGGUAGUGUUUAGAGCCCUCUGCUGCAUGCAAGACAAAUUGCAGCAAAACUACACUGAAACCUUUUUCCCUAACAGACAGGUUCUCAUUCCAGUUCCUGGAGUAACAAGUAUCCUGCACAUGUUAGUCUUUCCCUGCUCUGACAUACCUGAUUCAACCAAUCAGCUCAUUACCAGCGAUUUCGGAGUUGAACCAGGUGUGUUAUAUAGUGGUGGUUCGAGACCGGUUCAAUAGGGGGCGCCAGGCUGGAGCCAGUCAGCCUCUUAAAUGGGCCAAUUGGACUUUUUUGUUCUCAAAAUAUUAAGCUGCUGUAUUGCACUGCACUGCACAAUGGUAUACCUAUGCAAUAUUUUUAAUAGCAUUACAUAGCUGAGCUAGAAUUACACAACGAAAGUAGUAUGCUGGGAGAGCCAGGCUAGUUGUAAAACAUUUUGAUUACCUUUAUUUCCUCUCGCUGUCGUUAUUUUUCUAGUGUCAACCGGGCCUUGUUCCACUUCCUUCCAACUUAACCUAGUGGAAAAAAAAUGCCUUUGGAGACUUUGUCCACUGAACUAAGGGUUCAGACUCUCCCCAAAACCACCUAUGGUACUAGAGCAGGGAAAACAGGGCAGGGGAUUCUUCAGGACCAGGGCUGGGAACCUGUACUGUUACCUCUGCCACUUCCUCUGUAGAAACUACACAUAUCUCAAGAGGAAAGAGGGUUUAUGGUUAAUUCUGUUCAGGGGUAUGUCUAUUAACCUGCCUGGAAAAAUGAAAACGGAAAGUGCCAGAAACUAAGGUAUCUCUGAAAUUUUAUGCCUAAAUUAGUUAGUUCUAAAUAUAUCUUAAAAAACUACUAGAAUAUAGAAAGUUUCGUAGACAUCU